AUGGUCAAGAUGAUGGACAUGUGGCGCUCGGAGGAGAUGCAGCUGUUGCAGCUGAUCAUUCCCUCCGAAUCGGCGCACGCGACGAUAUCCGCACUCGGGGAAGUGGGCAUGCUCCAGUUUCGGGACCUGAACAGCGACAAGUCGGCGUUCCAGCGGAGGUACGCUUCGCAAGUCAAGCGCUGCGACGAGAUGGCGCGGAAGCUCCGUUUCUUCACCGACCAGGUCGAGAAGGCUGGGCUAUUCACGGGCUCGCGACUCGACAUCGACCUCUCGAGUGCGCGGGGCAUGGAUGAGCUCGAGGUGCGGCUGGCGGACCUCGAGCGCGAGCUGCUGGACAUGAACGCGAACAACGAGCGUCUGGAGCGCACGUACGACGAGCUGGUGGAGCUGGAGAUCGUGCUCAACCGCGCGGGUGCUUUCUUCGAGGACGUCCGCUCCCUGGCACGCGGGGGCCUCCAGGACAUCACCAACCCGCUGCUGGGCGGCGGCGCGCCGGAGCUGGAGCAGGCGUUCGCGGCGGGCGGCUCGCGUCUGGGGUUCGCGGUGGGGAUGGUGGCGACGGAGAAGCUGGGCAUCUUCGAGCGCGUGCUGUUCCGGGCCACGCGCGGCAACAUGUUCUUCCAGUACCGGGAGCUGGACGCGCCGCUGCGGGACCCGUCGACGCGCGAGAUGGUGGAGAAGGCGGUGUUCGUGGUGUUCUUCGCGGGGGACCGGGCGCGCACGAAGAUGAUGAAGAUCUGCGACGCGUUCGGGGCCAACCGGUACCCGUUCCCGGAGGACUUCGACGCGCGGCGGGGGAUGCUCGCGCAGGUGUCGACGCGGCUGAACGAGCUGUCGACGGCGAUCGCGUCGGCGGCGCGGCUGCGGGACGCGACGCUGCAGCAGGUGGCCGAGUCGCUCGACGCGUGGGUGUCGUACUGCAAGCGCGAGAAGGCCACGUACCACACGCUGAACAAGCUGUCGGUGGACGUGUCGCAGAAGGCGCUCGUCGGGGAGGCGUGGUGCCCGCGGGACGCGCGCGCGGAGGUGCAGGCGGCCGUGCGGCAGGCCGGGGAGCGCGCCCACAGCGCCGUGGGCACGAUCGUGCAGACGCUGGCCGCCAAGGACCAGCCGCCGACCUUCUUCCGCACGAGCAAGAUCACGAGCGCGUUCCAGACGAUCGUCGACGCGUACGGCAUCGCGCGGUACCGCGAGGUCAACCCCGCGCCCUUCACCAUCGUCACCUUCCCCUUCCUCUUCGCGGUCAUGUUCGGCGACGUCGGGCACGGCAUCCUCAUGCUGCUCUUCGUGCUCUGGCUCAUCUCCCGCGAGCGCGCGUGGACCGGCAAGAAGCUCGACGACAUCAUGGAGAUGAUGUUUGGCGGGCGCUACGUGCUGCUCCUCAUGGCCAUCUUCUCCAUCUACACGGGCCUGCUCUACAACGAGUUCUUCUCCAUGCCCAUGAACAUCUUCGGGAACUCCCGGUACGCGUGCCCGGGCGAGGAGAAGGUCAACGACAAGGGCUUCACGGUGUGCGAGGAGGCCUACGACGCGGGGCUGGAGCGGCCCGAGGGCGUGCUGCCGUACCCGUUCGGCGUGGACCCGGUGUGGCACGGGACGCGCUCGGAGCUGCCCUUUUUGAACAGCAUGAAGAUGAAGAUGUCGAUCGUGAUGGGCGUGACGCAGAUGACGCUGGGCAUCGUGUGCUCGUUCUACAACCACCGGUACUUCGGCGACACGCUCUCCAUCCUGUACGAGUUCAUCCCGCAGAUGCUCUUCCUGCACGGCAUGUUUGGCUACCUGUGCUUCCUCAUCAUCUACAAGUGGGUCUCGGGCUCCACCGCCAACAUCUACCACAUCCUCAUCUACUGGUUCCUCGAACCGGGCAACGUCGACUGCAGCGGGUCCUGCCCGGAGAACCUCCUCUUCCCCGGCCAGGGCGCGCUCCAGAACUUCCUCCUCGUCGUCCUGCUCGUCAGCCUGCCCGUCAUGCUCCUCCCCAAGCCCCUCAUCCUGCGCGCGCGGCACAACGCGCGGGGCGCGGGCGGCGGCGGGUACGCAACGAUAGACGUCGACUCCAACAACGGGGACAUCGAGGGGGACGCGGGCGGCCUGGACGCCGGGCGCGGCGCGGACAGCGCGCACGGGCAUGGCCACGGGGAGGAGUUCGACUUCGGGGAGGUGUUCGUGCACCAGAUCAUCCACACGAUCGAGUUCGCGCUCGGCGCAAUCUCAAACACGGCGUCGUACCUGCGGCUGUGGGCGCUGUCGCUCGCGCACGCGCAGCUGUCGGCGGUGUUCUACGACCGCGUGCUGAUGCUCGGGCUGCAGGCGCGCAGCCCCGCGCUCCUCAUGGUCGCGUUCUUCGUGUUCAUGAUCUUCACCAUCGGCGUGCUCAUGGUCAUGGAGACGCUCUCGGCCUUCCUGCACGCCCUGCGUCUCCACUGGGUCGAGUACAUGAACAAGUUCUACUCGGGCGACGGGUACUCGUUCGUGCCCUUCGCGUUCGCGCGACUCGAAAUGGAAGACCUCUGA